AUGGUAUUGGCGUGCAAGCCUUACAGAGCGGCUGAGGACAGAGCAGGGGCAGAGCCACUGAAGAAGCUCAUCAAGACAAUUCUGGAAGAAAACAACAUGUCAGCUAAAGGCAUUUCCAUUGGCAUUGACCUGGGCACCACUUACUCCUGUGUGGGCGUCUUCCAACAUGGCAACGUGGAGAUCAUCGCCAACGACCAGGGCAACCGAACCACCCCCAGUUAUGUUGCCUUCACUGAUACUGAGCGCCUGAUUGGUGACGCAGCCAAAAACCAGGUCGCUAUGAACCCCACUAACACAAUUUUUGAUGCUAAAAGACUGAUCGGAAGAAAAUUUGACGACUCUAUUGUGCAAUCUGACAUGAAGCUUUGGCCUUUCAAAGUGAUAAGUGACAGCGGCAAGCCAAAAGUACAGGUGGAAUACAAAGGUGAGACAAAGGCUUUUUAUCCCGAAGAGAUCUCAUCUAUGGUUUUGGUUAAGAUGAAAGAGAUUGCAGAGGCCUAUUUGGGUCAAAGAGUGUCCAAUGCCGUCAUCACAGUUCCUGCUUACUUCAAUGACUCCCAGAGACAAGCCACCAAAGAUGCUGGAGUUAUUUCUGGUCUGAAUGUGUUGAGAAUCAUAAAUGAGCCUACUGCAGCAGCAAUCGCAUAUGGUCUCGACAAGGGAAAGAGAGGAGAGCGCAAUGUCCUCAUCUUUGAUCUGGGGGGCGGCACUUUUGACGUUUCAAUUCUGACAAUUGAAGAUGGCAUUUUUGAAGUGAAAGCCACAGCCGGUGACACACAUUUAGGUGGAGAGGACUUUGACAAUCGCAUGGUGAACCACUUUGUUGAAGAGUUUAAGAGAAAACACAAAAAAGAUAUAAGUCAAAAUAAGAGGGCAGUGAGGAGGCUGCGAACGGCUUGUGAACGUGCCAAGAGGACUCUUUCCUCCAGCACUCAAGCAAGCAUUGAAAUUGACUCCUUAUUUGAAGGGAUCGACUUUUACACCUCGAUUACUCGUGCCAGAUUUGAAGAACUCAACUCAGAGCUUUUCAGAGGCACACUAGAACCAGUUGAGAAGGCUUUGCAGGAUGCCAAGUUAGACAAGUCCAAGAUCAACGACAUUGUCUUGGUUGGUGGUUCCACAAGAAUCCCCAAAAUUCAAAAAUUAUUGCAGGAUUUCUUUAAUGGAAGAGAACUGAACAAAAGCAUCAACCCAGAUGAAGCAGUGGCCUAUGGAGCAGCUGUCCAGGCUGCUAUACUGAUGGGGGACACCUCUGAGAACGUCCAAGACCUUCUUUUGCUCGAUGUUGCCCCAUUGUCUUUGGGCAUUGAGACUGCAGGUGGAGUAAUGACAGCUCUGAUCAAGCGAAACACCACCAUUCCCACCAAACAAACACAAACUUUCUCUACCUUCUCUGACAACCAGCCGGGUGUGCUCAUUCAGGUGUUUGAAGGCGAAAGGGCCAUGACUAAAGACAACAACCUCCUUGGCAAGUUUGACCUGACGGGUAUCCCACCAGCUCCAAGAGGUGUCCCGCAGAUAGAGGUAACAUUCGACAUUGAUGCUAAUGGCAUUCUCAAUGUGUCUGCUGUGGACAAGAGCACAGGGAAAGAGAACAAAAUCACAAUCACCAAUGACAAAGGCAGACUAAGCAAAGAGGAGAUUGAGCAAAUGGUGCAAGACGCAGAGAAAUACAAGGCAGAAGAUGAUGUCCAGAGGGAGAGGAUUGCUGCAAAGAACUCACUUGAGUCUUACGCCUACCGUAUGAGGAGCAGUGUAGAGGAUGAGAACCUUAAAGGAAAGAUCAGUGAGGAUGACAAGAAGAUGGUCAUUGACAGAUGCAAACAGACAAUCUCAUGGCUGGAAAACAAUCAACUAGCGGAGAAGGAGGAGUAUGAGCAUCAGCAGAGUGAAUUGGAGAAAGUCUGCAACCCUAUUGUCAGCAAGCUGUACCAGGGAGCAGGGGUCCCAGGUGCCAAUGGCCCCCAGGCAGACAGCGCUCAAGGUCCCACUAUUGAAGAGGUGGACUAA